AUAUAUAUAUAUACGCGCACAUAUAUAUAUAUACACGCUACACUCCCAUACGUACACUUACACUCUGUUUCAUCCAAUCCCUCUCUUUGUAGCUGUCAGUCUAUUCCUCUCUCUCACUCUCACUCACUCACUCGCUCGCUCGCUCGCUCACCCGUUCUAUCUCUCUCUCCCCUUCACUCGCUCGCUCGCUCGCUCCUUUCUAUCAUUCUAUCUCUCUCUCUCUCACUCACUCACUAUCACAGCUCUACUCUCACUCCCCCCCUCGCUCUAUCUAUCUACCAGUGUUCUAAUACACACACACCGCCUAUGGACUUUACUCGUCGUCUGCUUUCUUCCAAUUCCACUGUCCGUUACGUUGGACUAAAACAAUGAAGAUUGUUAUGUUUAGUGUGGUGACUGUUAUUGUCUUCUCCUGUUUUACGCUGCUUAUUAAUAGCAAAUGCCUGGAGGAUGAGGACGAUUUAAUGGCUCGUUAUCGACGAAGCUUUCAGAACAAUGCAAACAACCAUAAAGCUCCAAUUGUAAUUGAGAGCAGCAUGAGGGCAUCGCAUCAAAUUGUCAGUCAUGUCUUGAACAUUCUUCUAGAAGAAGUAAUAGGUUUUACUAAUGUCAUUGUUAAAGAUAUUGAAACCAUGAACACCACAGUAAUGCUUAACAGAAUUGUUGGCUGUCCAAUAUCCAGUUCUAACCUGGAAGACAGAAUGGGUUGGAAGUCAUGUAAAGAAAACAUUAAGUACACAGUAAUCAACCUCGAAGUUUGGUUGUCACCAGUGUUUGAUACAAGACCAUGGACAAAAAGUAAACAUGUUGUUGAUUGUGGUCCAUUAGGUCCAUAUGGCAGAGCUGGCUGGUUUAUUCCGACAGAUAUAGCAACAGAAUUCUGGUCACAAAAUAUAUUCAUUGAUCAUUGGCGGGCUCUACGACUACCCCAAGUAAUUGCUAGGUUUUCAUUGAAUGAUUCAUUGUCUGUACUUGAAAAUGUGAUGACAAAAAGACUUAAUCAGGGAGCAGAACCAUUGUGUAAAGAGAAAGACUGUGUGAAUGGUUUCCUACUAGGGCCAGGUUGUAAAUACCUCAGUGGUGGUUGCCUUAUACUAUUAUCAAGUUACCCAGAAAUGAACUAUCAUCUUCUACAGUCUCAGAUAAAUACGCUCAACUUACCAGUGAUUGUAGCUUGGAUAGGACAUUAUUUGACAGACUUUGUUCGUCAGCGUGCACAGCGGGGUUUACCUGUCUUGUUUUAUGAUUGGUGGCCAAGUCCACUCACACUCAAUCACAAUUUCACACAGAUCAAAUUCCCAUCAUGUCCUUAUGAUCCUAACCCAAUCUACUGUAAUUUCAAACUCAACCAACUAACUAAAAUGACAUCACCAGCUCUUUCUAAAUUAGCUCCCCGGGCAUACGAAGCUGUUUCUCGGAUGUCUUUUACGCAAGAGGAAUACGCAGAUUUGCUUCAGUUUUAUAGCAAUGCAAAAAGUUUAAGACCGAGCAUACGGGCAAGUAAAGUUGCCUGUAGCUGGGUAAAAGAUCACGAACAUAUAUGGAAACGAUGGUUUCCUAAAAUUAUUUCAACAAAAAAAAAAGUUUACCUUGGUGGAUUAUUUCCUCUCACUGGGCCAUUUUGGACUCAGCCUGGACUUAUUCAGAGUGCAGAAAUGGCUAUUGAAUGGGUGAAUGCAGACACUAAUGUCCUGCCAAAUCAUGAGCUAAAGCUUUUAAUAAAGGAUACUCAAUGUCGAACUGAUGUAGCCAUGCGUUCAUUUAUCGACUUAGCUACAAAUACCACUAUUCCUAUUGCUGGUAUUCUCGGUCCUGGUUGUACUGAUGAAGCUGAACCAAUUGCAGCCAUUAGCAAACACUUUAAUAUGAUAAUCGUCAGCUACAGUGCUGGUGCUGCUUCUUUAAACAACAAGCAGAAGUACCCAUAUUUUUUUCGAACAGUACCCCACAUCAAUUAUUAUAGAUACGUAUACGAAAAAUUAUUUUUGGCUAUGAACUGGCUGCAAAUUGGGGCUAUUGCUGAAGUUGGCAAAGAAUUUACCGAGUACCACCGUCUUCUAAAAGAUCAUCUUCAUUCCCGAGGUGUGUAUAUGAUUGCACGCAAUAAAAUGAUGAACAGCAGAGAUCCUCUGGAUUUGUCAAAAAUAUUUGCUGACUUGCGAAGAAAUAAAAUUCAUAUCAUCAUUGGAGAUUUCUUUGACUAUGCAGCUCGCUUAGUUAUGUGUGAAGCAUAUCGACAGAGGAUGACAUCAUACGAAGGCUACGCUUGGUUUCUACCAGCUUGGCUUUCUGAAGACUGGUGGGAUGUCGACUACUACAAUAGUCCACCAGGACGGGAUGACACUCGGCCACAGGAAGCAGUGCCUUGCUCAACAGAAGAAAUGGAAGAAGCCGUGGAAGGUUAUUUCAUUUUGUCCAAGAGCUUUUAUAAUGAUAAUGGAAAGAAAAGCGUUGCAGGAGAUAUUACUGUGAAUAAAUUUAGAUCAAUAUAUGCUGUCAAAGCUGGAAAAGCAAAUAACGAUGAGAGCACAUUUGCAGGCUACGUGUACGAUGCAGUCUGGGUGUUUGCCUAUGCUUUGGAUAAGUUAUUAAAAAGUAACCCAAGUGCAUUAGAAGCUCUUCAUACACCCGCAACAACAAGUCAGCUAGUACAAUACAUCAAUGAAACCAAGUUUGAUGGUGUAUCUGGUCACAUAAGUUUCCAAGGAGGUGAACGCAUAGGUACAAUUAACAUUCUACAAUAUUUUCACAACGAAACCCGUCUCAUUGGUCAAUAUAUCCCAACUAUCCACACGAAUCCUCGCAUAAACAUCCGUGGUAGCAACCAUAUUGUAGAUUUAGAAAAUGAAGAAACAGAUAACGGAAUUCUUCGGCUUUACAAGAGAAAGGUGCGCUGGCUCUCACCAAAUGGGAAACCUCCUGCAGAUGGUAGGCAAAAUGAAAAAGUCACUGAAUGCCAUAUAGAGAAGUUUCGAGCUUUCUUGAAUGUCAACUGUGAAAUGGCUGUAAUUCUUGCAAAUGUCAUGGCAUUUGGUUUCUUUUCUAUCAUCAUAUCCGUUGUUCUUAUAAUUAUAAGACAAAGGUAUUGCAGACGUAACAGAGGUUCGAACCAGAAAAUGGAAGAACUCGGGUUAUUAUCUACUCGAUUCUCCCGGUGCCUAUCUCUUGAUGGCUGGGAAUUACCUCGAGAUAAUGUGGUAUUAAACAGAAAACUAGGCGCAGGAGCAUUUGGUACUGUGUUUGGAGGAGAGGCAUUCCUCGAUGAUCAAGGUUGGCAGCCUGUGGCGGUUAAAACACUAAAAGUCGGAUCAACCAUUGAACAAAAACUUGAUUUCUUGAGUGAAGCAGAAAUGAUGAAAAGAUUCAACCAUCCUAAUAUUGUCCAGUUACUUGGAGUAUGCACCCAAGGGGAGCCUAUCUACACAAUAAUGGAAUUUAUGUUACAUGGUGACCUAAAAACUUACUUAUUGUCUCGACGGAGUCUUGUUGAUCGAGAAACUAUUGAGGCCGAAGACGUUGCUCCCUUUAAGCUAACCCAAAUGGCUACUGAUGUUGCCAAUGGACUAAACUACCUCCACAGUCUUAAAUAUGUACACAGAGACUUAGCUUGUCGUAACUGUUUGGUACAUUCAAAUAAAACAGUGAAAAUAGGUGAUUUUGGAAUGACGCGAUCACUAUAUGAAUCAGAUUUUUACAAAUUCUCUAAAAAAGGGAUGCUUCCAGUUCGAUGGAUGUCCCCAGAAAGUAUAUGGGAUGGAAUUUUCACAGCAUUGUCAGAUAUUUGGAGUUUCGGUGUACUUUUGUAUGAAAUAGUAACAUUUGGUAGUUUUCCUUACCAAGGCCUCUCAAAUAACCAAGUUCUGGAAUAUAUCCGAAGUGGGAGUCGUAUCACAUUACCAGAUUCAUGUUCAAUUGAAGUACGAACACUGAUUUAUUCUUGUAUGGCUUUCAAUCCAUCAGAACGCAUAAAAUUGGAUGACAUUUUACAAGCAUUUUCAGAAAACACUGAAUAUUUACAGCCUUGUUUAGAUGUUCCUUCGUCUAGUGUUGCUUUAGAAGGAACUUAUUCAAUUGAGAUUGCACAACAAUCUGGUCAAACAUCCCUAAGUCAUAACACCUCACACACUUUACUCCAGACGUCCCCAGGGGCUACCUCAGAAGUCAGCACAAUGUUACGGAAAAAUAGCCCUGGGGGAAAACUAUCUGCUAAAGCUCACAAAUCAGGCGGCCACUUAUUUGGCCGGCCACGCAGUAACAGUUCAAUUGCUCCAUUUAAUAACUCUCGAGGGUCUGUUGUGAUGACAGUACAAAAUUUUCAUAUGAGCUCACCACAGAUUCGAAUGCAAGCACCUUCUUCUGUACCUAUAGACAAUAAGGUUGAGAGCAGUAAUGUUUCUGACCAAGUUAGUGAAGUGUCACGUGAAUUAUGUCAGACUGUAACAUCAGUAUGAAAGUUAGUUGAUCAUGUAGAUAUAUUUUAUUGUCCAAAUGAGAAAGAACAGAAGGUAAGUCUUCUCAAUCAAAGAGAUAAUGAGCAAAACUGAAAAAAUCAAUAAUUUUCAGAUAUUGACAUUCCAUGUGAAGUUUUCUUUCAUUGUUCAAAGUGUAUCAGUUGGUCUGCUCACAGCCUGUCUUCCCUCAAUGAAAACAUACAUGGCCACUGGAACUGAGUUGAUUCCUGAAUCUACCAAUGCAGAUUGCAACUACCCGAUGUUAUGUUUCAACUCUAUCAAAACCCAAAGUCUUUAUCUGGUAAUUCUUUCAAUGACAAUAAGAAUUAGAACUUCCAUUAUACUUUCAUUGAUCAUAUCAAACUUUAUACACAAUUCUGUAUUCAUUUUUCUCAAAGGUUUCGUUUUUGUUUUUAAUCAUGAUGUUAUUACAGACCUUGAUUUUAAGGUUGUAAUUUACCAAACAUUAAAUUCUUAAAAAACAAAAAAAAUGAAAAUUCAUCUCUCACGGAGUAUCUAUGAAAUAGUAUCUUUGAAAUACUUCUGUAAAUUAGUGUCAAUCUUGAGGUCCUUUAAUAAUAAUUGAAAUCCCAUAUAAAGAAUUUCAGAGUCCUUCCUAAUUCCCUUGUUUACUGUCUAGUUAUCUUUACAUUGGAUUUCAAAUAUACUUAAUACCAAACAGAUACAAAGCUGACAUACUUCUUAUAGAAACUUAUUUUAGAUUUAUUUAUUAAACAUUUAAAUAGGAAAAUAGCUUUUAUGGUAUUACAGAAUUAACUUGAGUAUCUCUCUAUUAUACUGUUAAGAUAGAAAGAUAUUUUCAAACUAUAUGUACUAGUCUGUGUAUUUUUGUACAUGUGUAUAAGAAAAACUCAGUAUGUAAAUAUGUUUGUGUUUAUAAAUAUAAAUCUUUUACCAGGAAUUUCUAUUAAAUGUGUAAUACAUAAACUCCCAUCGUACAUAACUUUCCACAAGAAAAAUAUUUCAAAAAGGCUUAAAUUUUUUCCCUUUUUUUUUUUUUCUUUCAUUGAAAUUUCUUGCCAUAACCAAACAGACUCUUUAUUUCCCACAAAAUUAAUGAUAUUUUAUCUGCUGAGGAGAUGUUUGGAAAUAUUGCCAAUAAUUUCUUUAAAAAAGGUUGGGUGUCAUUGUCUUGAAAAUAAAGAAAAUAACUUCAAGCUGGAGCCUAUAUCUCAGUAAUGAAACAAUAAACAAAUAAAAAUAAUAACUUUACCAUUUUUAUUAUAACUCAGUUUAAAGAAUAUGAAAAGAAUAUUUCGUUUUUCUCUUGUUAAUUUAACAUUUAUCUGAUAUUUCUUUCUUUAAGAAAUGUCUGAGAUAACAUUUAAAAUAAAAUAGUAUUUGGAAAAUAAUUCAAAAUUCCUAAACAAAAUCAGAACUCCGUGUAUUGUAUGCAAAACUCUUUGAAGAGGAAAUCAUUCUUCAAAAGCAAUGUCUAACCAUGGUGGUUCUCCAUAAAUGGUAAAACUCACCACAGGGAAUAUGAACAAAGAAAUAAGAAAUGAAUGAAAACAAAACAAAUGAUGAUAAUAAUAAUAAUAAUCUAGGGACAUUUUUCAUUGCAUUAUGAAAAUAAAUGAAUAUCAUUAUAAAAAGUAAGUAACUAAGUUUAUUUCCGAGACAGGUAGAAAUGGUUUCCAUUUCUUAAUAAACAAACAAAAUUUCAAUUCUAUAGGAUCAAAUUCUUGAAUUCGAAUAUGAAAAUCUUAUUAACUAAAAAAAAAAUAAACAAGAAUUUCUAAGAUUAUCUUUUAGAUUUAUGCUAUACCAAGUACAGAUAUGUUUGUUGAAUAAACAUAUACCUAUAUAAAAAUGUUCAAACUGUGGAAUAAAUUUUAUGCAGUGAGAAAGAAAAGAAGUUUUCUAACAUUUUGGGCAAAAACCCUUCAUCUGAGUGAGACAAAUGUGUUAUUUACUGUUCCUCACAGCAUUAAAUUUAUUCCACUGCUUAGACAUUUUGUAUGGCUAUUUGCCAGCGCAGACCAUCACUAACUUCCUCAGAUGCUACUGUUUCACAAAAUAUAUAUGUAUGAAGAUACAUAUAGACAGAUAGAUAUGGAUAAUAUGUCUCUGCAUAAUAUCCUUAGCAGUGGUGAAGAGAAGACUGUCAGAAACAAAAAAAAAGAAGAAAAAAGAUAUGUAUGGAAAGCCAAUGGAUCAAUCGCACUUUAUGUAAAACUAAUCAUAAAAUUCCUAAGAACUUGGUUUUGACUGUGACCUUAUUGAAAAUGGAAGAGGAAAACUAUAUUAUACAAUUUGAUUUCAAUAAACUUGAAACGAUUAAAAAAAAAAAAAGGCAACUGGAACCAAAUCAAAGGAUUAUUAGCAUGCUGAAUGAAUCAGCAGUUAUUACAUGUGGUAAGGAAUUAUAUUGAUUGCUCCCUUUUAUCACCUACAAAUUUCACAUAUGAAAUCUAGUAUAUUUUUUGAUUCAAACUGCCCUAAUGUAUGUUCAUAUAUACAUAAUCAUGAAAAUGAAGUCUUAAGAGCUGGAAGGACCCUUAACUCUAAGGAUUUUUUUUUUAAGAUCAAAGUGUUUUAAUAAUAAAUAUGUUAUUACUCCAACAUAUUUUAUUUUACACUUAAGCAUAACUGGAUAGGUUGUUGUUUUUUUUAAUUAUUAUUUCAUAUUAAAGUUUAGAUAUUUUUAAUCAGUUUUAGCUUAAGUUUACCAAUUUAUUCCAAUUCCAGUGAUUUGUGGCAAACCUCAUAUGUGGAAAUUUCCUUUCUAUCAUUCCUAUUUUUUUUUGUUAAUUUAAAAGCUAUUGUGAAUAAAUAAUCCCAUCAGCUACAUGAUUCCUCCCAAAUAAAUCCAAUGAGCCAAUCAAUGGUUCAAUACAGCUCAGAGAUCUUUAAAGAUACACAAGAUGAUGAUGAUGGAUACAAAAUCCAUUUAGCACCCUUCGUACCUGGUAAAGCACAACUCAGGUGUGUAGUGGAGAAUUGUGCUUUGAGUGAGCUGAUCUGAAACAGAACUCAUUACAGAUUUUGUUCAUUAAACCAAAAACUACGGGGGUUAGCACUAAUGGAAAGAUGUAUGCCUCCACAUUUGUUAAUCAAUUUAAACAUUAAACUAAAAUUUACAAAAAAAAACCUGACUGUUUGUAUCCGAAUAUUUCAGACUGUUACUAAGUAAACUAUGUUGAAUCAGGGAAGGUUACUUAAUUUGUUUUUAUAUAUUUUUGGGGCAGGAGUUUUUGUUUAUUUCACUUAAAAAAAAAAAAA